AUGCCCCUCCGCGCCUCCCUCAUCUCCUCCUCCAUCCUCUCUGCCAUCUUCCAUGACCCCCAUCCUCCCAAUUACCCCCUCCUCACCCGCCUCCUCGCCUUCCUCCGCCUCUUCCACCUCCUCCUCACCCGCCACCACCCCGCCGACUUCGCCGCCCUCCGCACACACGCCUGGUCCCUCGAUGAACACGAAUACACCGAGUCGUUCCGCCGCGCGACGACGCGGAGGAACAAAGGGCAGUUGAUCCCCAUCGGCGACCUGGGCUACUCCGGCAGCGCGUUCUUCACAACGCCGAAUGGGAAGUACCUGAUCAAGAGCCUGCCACGGCGGUUCGAGUAUCGAUUCUUCACCGAGGAGCUGCUCGACCCGUAUGUGGCGCACAUGCACGCGCAUCCCACGAGCUUGCUGGUGCGGAUCACCGACCUGCUGUUCGCACCCAUGGCGUCGAUCGGCGGAUUGCUCGGCGCGGCGCCGACGCAUCAUAUCGUGAUGGAGAACGUGAUGUACGGGCGGGACGAGGACCCGGAGAAGGCUCGCUGGGAGACGUACGAUUUGAAACCGAGCACGUAUUUUGUUCCUGAGAGGGAUAUCGCGGGGGGCCGGUUGGCGUCGGAGGGCGUGAAGGAGCGGCUGGUGGAUGAGUUUCCGGAUCGGAUCGUGGUAUCACCGACGGCGCGCGAGGAGUUGCUGGGGCUGCUGGAGCUGGAUACGGGGUUUUUGGAGGAGUAUAAUGCGGUGGAUUACUCGCUGUUUCUGGUCCGGUAUCCGGGUCCGAACGCGGAGGGCAUCGGUGAGCGGGAGGUGAAGUGCUUGACGAGCCGGUCGAGUGCGUGGAGGGAUGGGAUGGUGGAUGUGCGUGGGGAGUGGGUGUAUCGGGCGGUGGUGCUGGAUUUCUUCUGGGCGAAGCAUGCGUUGCGGGCGCAGGCGAUGUCGGGGUUGGUGAAGAGUUUUAACUUCUUUGCGCGGAAGGGGGAGAUGAGCAUCACGACAAGGCCGGAUGAGUAUCGGGAGCGGUUCCUGAACAUGGUGCAGGACAUUGUGGCGGUCCCGGAGAUUUGA